AUGCUAUUCAUCAAGAGCCUCAUGCUAUGCGCAUCUACCGCAUUAGCCUUCACAACCGUCUCCCAAGUGGAAAUCGACAUCACAAUCGUCGACAAGAAUUUCCAAACCCUUAACGCUGAAACUUCCCUUUAUACCGGUGGUGCCGCUUCCGCCUCUAUUCUCGCCUCUCUAAUCACUGUCCACUACUCCUUUGCCCAAAGUGUCGCAGAUUGUGCCCUUUUACCUCCUUCUCUUUCCGAAUCCGAUGCGGUAUCGCUCAUCGAACAUAUUAAUGCAACACUCGCAAUCGAUAACGUAAUUGCUGUGGAUACCCUCAAGAGCAAAAAAGCAUUUUUCAAGGCGGAAGGAUUAGAUAACGCUGUUGUUACGUCACUUGACUUGCUAUUGACGGCCCAUGAAAAGUUUACGAUUUAUGUGCUUCAAAGACUUCCGGAAGAUCAGGUUGCAGAUGGAAAGAAGGUUACGGAGGUUAUUACGUUGUCAUUGACCGCGGGGAUUCAAUAUUUCCAGAGCGCAUGAGGAGAAGGAGGGAUGGCUCGGAAAUGAAGGAAGGUACUAGGGUGAAGGAGGGUGUUAGGUGAAGGAGGGUGUUAGGUGAAGUGGGGGGCUUGGGGGUUAUAUGAAUGUCUACUGAUGAGUUUUGUUGAAGAUUUGAGUUGUAAUAGUUCUUUAUACUUGUAUCAACAAGUAUAGCUGUGGCAUAUUUAAUAAUAUAUUUCAUCAGUAUUUACGAUGCGCAGAGCUUCUGAUUACAAGAAUGUCAA